UCAGGUAAACAAAAGCCCAAAAUAACUCAAUUUGAGCCCAAAGACUUUUUCCCCUUUCUUCUAACAUUCUUCUAUUUUCCAGAAAAUUGCAGACGAAGCUCCGCCCAACUGUGCGCCGCUACCACCUCGCUUCACUAUCGCCGGGAAUCAGUCCAAGCUAGGGAAGCAGAAUGGGGAGAAAGGUUGGUAUAUUACGCAUCAAUCCAAAGAAAUUUGGCUCUCUGCAGAAACCUUGCAUGAAGGAAAUGAUAUCAUUACUUAAUUGCUUAGGUCUCUGCCACAACAAUGAUGAAAAAUGUGUUCGUCAAAAGCAACUUCUGGGCACGUGCAUGGAAGCUCAGGCGGGUAAGAACAAAAAGCCUUGGGGAAGCAUCAAUUAUCACUUGCAGAGGCUUAAUAGGGGAAGGAAGUAGUAUUAUUUUGGCAGAAUGAAUUUAUUUCCCCUGUAAUUCCGGAUAGAUCACACUAUACUGCUGCAGCUUUACAUCAGCACGUUGUGGAAGAUGAACCAAUAUGCAUUAUGUAAGCUUUAUUGCAGAAAGAUUGUCCAAAUUCUCCGGCAUGCUAUCAUUUUUGUUUGACAUUCAUCCAUCCAGAUGAUUUCUGGACUAAUCAGACCGCCUUUAUUAUUUUAGAGUGUACAAGAUAGCAUAUAUUAUGUAGAAUGAUAAUAUGCCAGCUGAUCCUUAUUAUUGGAAAUAAAUGCUUCAACUCAUGUAUCAUCCAUCUUCCCAAA